GUUAGUGACAUUAACGAAGAAAUAUUAAAUUCUAUUGAUGCUCACAGUCACAGUCACAGUCUAUAUUCUAUAUAGUGCAGAGUAAAACAAACAACAACCCUUUUGUACUUUCUUUUUCUACUCUUGCUUCCUUCUAAUACUCAUUCCAUUACACUGUGCAUUCCCUUCUUCUUCUCUCUCUCUGAGUGAUUGGUGGUGGCCAUAGUGUGAAGCCAAAGUGCAAGAAAAUAAAAGGGUUGAUGUUUUUUUGUUUGUUUUGUGAGUGAUGAGAGUGUAAGACAUGGAAGAAGCAGAGAAAGAGUUAGAGAGAAGGAGCAAGUUUCUGAACAGUUUGAUACAGAAGAAGAAGAAAGGCAUAGAGCAGCAUGAACAUGAGAGUUUCAAGGUUCAUGUCAGAGCUUGUGACAUGCCCCUCCCUUUGCAGAACCGCGCCUUACAAUGCGCACGUCUUCACUUGGAAUCUAUGCCACCUGGCAACAAGCUUGACAACAAACGCCUUGCACUGGCCCUUAAGAAGGAAUUUGAUUCUUCGUAUGGUCCAGCUUGGCACUGCAUUGUGGGUACUAGCUUUGGUUCUUAUGUUACACAUUCUGUUGGUGGCUUUUUGUACUUUUCCAUUGAUAAGGUUUAUAUCCUUCUCUUCAAGACAGCUGUUGAACCAUUGGACCAUUGAUAACUUCCACAACUGUGAGUCAUGCCUCCUUGGGAGAAUAUAUUUUAAAAUUUUAUAGCAGCUGAUAUGUAAAAUUACAAAGUGGAACAUUUAAAUACCUGUAUUCUGUGAUAUAUGUGAUGCACUUCUAUUUGGAUUUGUAGACUGUGAGAGAGUAUUUCGAAUGCAGAAUUUGUUCUGGCAUGUCACAAGAUUUUCAUAUUGUUCAACUCAAAAUAACAUUUCAUAGAA